AUGCAAGUUAACUUACUAACUACAAAAAAACUAUCUGUAGUCAAUUUUUCAAGCUGAACUAACAAACUCCCACUAUUAUCGACAAGAUGACAAAUUUGUAUCAUGCAUAUUUUCAGUAAAUAGUUGUAAUGCUUGAUUCCUGUGGGUGACUUGUGAACCAACACAGGUGCUUGGAGAAGAUCCAUCACAUGGCUUAGGUGACGUAGCUUGGACUGAUAAGAAGACAUUAAAUAGAACUGUUCUUCUCCAGGAAGGCACAACAUUCCAACUGGCCUCUGACAAGCUCAGAAACACAUCACGAUGAUUCCAUUUUGGAUUUUGGUUCUUCUGGGGACUGCAGGUAACACGGAGGAAGGGUAAUGCAAAAUGUUAUAAGAAUACCUCGUUCCAACAACAGUUGUGUGCAGUAGUGUGUGUAUUACUAAAUAUAUAUAUAUAGCUACACAGGUGAAGCAGACUAAUAAAAUGGAUGUGUUCUUUCUAAAAGGUGGUGAUGUUGUUAGUUUAUAGUAAUUGUCAACGAAAUGAACCUGCUGAUUUCAGUGUUUUCCAUGAUGAUUUUCCCACUUUUGGGGAGUGGAAGGGGGGACGUCUGUCCUGUAUUGUUUGGGCCUAUGGUGGGGUGACAUGUUAAUACUGACACACAACAUAUUAUAAUAUUAAUUCUAAACUAAUAUUUAAUUAUAUUAUGUUGUCAUUUCCCUAGCUAAGUUUUUGUGUUGGUCUUGUGCUACAUAACUGAACUGUAGGCCAGUGUGUGAGUGCUGGUAAUGGUAUACAGAUCUUUCACUAUGAUAUAUUCCACAUACAGCUGCAUUAGACGAUGAUAAGAUCAUUGGAGGCUACGAGUGUCCACGUAACUCCCAGCCUUGGCAGGUUUAUUUCACCUAUAAGGGCCAGCGAUGGUGUGGGGGCUCCCUGAUCACAUCACGGUGGAUCAUCUCAGCCGCUCAUUGCUAUAAGCAGUAAGUAUAAGAGAAAUGUGAACAUAAAGAAUACAUUUGUAAAUCUAGUGUAUACAUUUAUAAUGAAUAAACAGGCAGACAGACUGACAGACAGCUGAAAGGCUGGCUAGACAGACAGACAGCUGGAAGGCUAGGCAGACAAACAGACAGACAGACAGCUGAAAGGCUAGGCAGACAAACAGAGAGACAUACAGACAGCUGGAAGGCUGGCCAGACAAACAGACAGGCAGCUGGAAGGCUGGCCAGACAAACAGACAGCUGGAAGGCUGGCCAGACAGAAACAGACAGACAAACAGCUGGAAGGCUGGCCAGACAGACAAACAGACAGACAGACAGCUGGAAGGCUGGCCAGACAGACAGACAAACAGACAGACAGAGAGCUGGAAGGCUGACCAGACAGACAGACAGACAGACAGACAGACAGACAUACAGACAGACAGACAACUGAAAGGCUGACCAGACAGACAGACAGCUGAAAGGCUGGCCAGACAGACAGACGGACAGCUGAAAGGCUGGCCAGACAGACAGACAGACAGCUGGAAGGCUGGCCAGACAAACAGACAGAUGGAAGGCUGGCCAGCCAGACAGACAGACAGAUGGAAGGCUGGCCAGACAGACAGACAGACAGCUGGAAGGCUGGACAGACAGAAAGACAGACAGACAGCUGGAAGGCUGGACAGACAGAAAGACAGACAAACAGCUGGAAGGGUGACCAGACAGACAGCUGGAAGGCUGGCCAGACAGACAGACAGCUGAAAGGCUGGCCAGACAGACAGACAGAUGGGAGGCUGGCCAGACAGACAGACAGCUGGAAGGCUGGCCAGACAGACAGACAGCUGGAAGAGUGACCAAACAGACAGACAGCUGGAAGGAUGGCCAGACAGACAGACAUACAACUGAAAGGCUGGCCAGACAGACAGACAGCUGAAAGGCUGGCCAGACAGACAGCUGGUUAGCUGGCCAGACAGACUGACAGACAGCUUAAAGGCUGGCCAGACAGACAGACAGACAGCUGGAAGGCUGGCCAGACAGUCAGACAGACAGCUGGAAGGCUGGCCAGACAGACAGACAGCUGGAAGGCUGGCCAGACAGACAGACAGCUGGAAGGCUGGCCAGACAGACAGACAGCUGGAAGGCUGGCCAGACAGAGAGACAGACAGCUGAAAGGCUGGCCAGACAGACAGACAGACAGCUGGAAGGCUGGCCAGGCAGACAGCUGGAAGGCUGGCCAAACAGACAGACAGACAGCUGAAAGGCUGGCCAGACAGACAGACAUACAGACAGCUGGAAGACUAGGCAGACAAAUAGACAGACAGACAGUUGGAAGGCUAGGCAGACAAACAGACAGACAGCUGGAAAGCUAGGCAGACAAACAGACAGACAGCUGGAAGGCUGGCCAGACAAACAGACAGACAGCUGGAAGGCUGGCCAGGCAGACAGCUGGAAGAUAGAACGAUAGAUAGAUAGAUAGAUAGAUAGUUUAUCAGUAUUUAUUGAUCAAUUCACUGAUGAAUAUUACAUUUUAACUUUGUUUAUUAUUAUUGUAAUCAUUUAUAUUGCACCAACAUAUUCAGCAGCUCUUUGUAGUUAUUUUGGGGGGAUAUAAAACAACAUGUAUUAACAUAUAUGUUAAUGUUGACAGAAACAAGAAGUGAAGAGGCUCAAACAAAGUUCCAAUCUAUAGAACAUUUUAGUGACAGAUAUUUUAAAGAUCUCAAUAAUACCUUUUAUUCAAGCUUGGAUUAUGUCAAUGAUACACUUAAACCACUAGUAGGAAAAUCAACCACGUGGCGAUUUAAGUAUCAUCCAACCAGUGUAGGAAAUAAACAGCAGACUGCACAGUCUGAACAUUUGUAGCUAUUGUGCAGAUUAUUUAUUGUUAGAGUUUGUUAGAAUGUAGAUUCCUCCCUGUCUGUAAUAUCAGUGUCCUAGCCACUCUAAAAGGUUUCAUACCUCAUUGCAAUAGACUGCACCACAUGGCACAAAACUUAAUCCAGUUGUUGGGAGGAUUAUCUAACUUUACUCUGUCACCGGAUUCCAUCAGUCAAUCCAUGACAGCAGCCCAAACAGUGAAAUAUAUACUGAACAUAUAUACUGAAUCUUAGUUUUUUUAGUCAUACACAAGAUAAAGCAGGGACUACUUUAUUUUAUGGGGAUCUGAUCUUAUGCAAAUUUUGGCAACGGGUGGAGCUUAAGCAUAUCUCCAUUUUGAUAGUUAAGCUAAUUUACCCACAAUCAAGAUAAUCCGACUCAAUAGGAACCUGCAGGCUUCAUGAACAAAGGAGAACAAAAUGGUGGCACAGAGGUAUUAAGAUCCGAUGCUAAGAAGAAAAAGAUAAUAAACAGACACAAAGAGAUGUUGCAAUGGGGGAAGUAUAAUCACUAAGAAACAGGGGUCAUAAGAAAGUGAAAACUGAAAGAAUAGCAAAAUAUGAGAGAGACGCUUGAACAUCUUAAUUUGAAAAUCCUUCACUCUAACGUUGCCUCUUCUAUUCAGACCCAAGUCCUUGAUUGCUCACCUUGGGGAACAUGAAACUUCCAAGGAAGAGGGAACAGAGCAACAUAUUCAGGUAGAAAAAGCGUAUCAGUUCUUCUACUACAACGAGUAUUACAUGGACCACGAUUUUAUGAUGGUAAAACUUUCAAAGGAUGCAGAGUUCAACCAAUACGUGCAGCCCAUCAAGGUGGCAAGGGAUUGCCCAAAGGCCGGGAGCCAAUGUCUAGUGUCUGGAUGGGGCAAUCUGCUGACAUCUGGGGGUGAGUAAAUAUACCUAUGCCUAGACCCAUUAAGGUCUAGGAUGGAACUCAAUUAUCAAGCAUUGCUAAAAUGUAAUAGAUAUAACUUGGUUCUUAUUAAAUCUAUAUAUGUUAACCAUCUGCAGCAAAUACAUAUCUGGAAUGAUUGAUACAAGUCUACGUCCUUCAAACUCACUCCUAAAACGCCAUCUCCCCAUUAGCCUGAAUCUUGAUGUCCAUGAUGGUUCUGUAAUUUAAUGAAGUGAAAAUUUACUUUUCAUAUACAGUGAGGCCACUGGAAGAGAAGUAUGAGCAUUAGAGACAGACGUAUUUCUGUUCACCCUGUAAAACCAUCAAGAGGCUCCAAUCAGUCCCAACUGUACUAACUGUAAAAUGUUUACCACUGGCUGGUUGUAAAAGUAAUCAUUGACUUUUGGAAUUCCUAUUUGCUACUGGGUUACUACCAGGACAGCUGGAACAGAGAGACAUGUCCGUGUCCCGGUCAUAUUUCUCUAUACCCUGGCCUGGUCCACAUCGGUUGAAGCAAGUAGGAGGAGGAAGUCAGAGUACACUGUGUAGGGAAGCAGCCUCCACCGAGAGCUUGGCCACCCUACACAUGCCUAGUGGCUGGGAGAUUGAAUAUUGCAUGUGUAUGUAGCUGUGUGUAUGGAAGUGUGCAGAUAUCUAUGUAAAUGAAUGUGAAGCAGUGUGAUUGUGGUUAGCUGUGUGUAUGUUUGGGAAUGUGUAGCUGUGUCUUUGUGUCUAUGUAUAUGGUAGUGUGAACAUUUUUUUUGUAUGGGGUACUGUAUAUGUGUGACUGUACAGAAGUGUAUAGCUGUAUGUAUGUGGUGUAAGGGAAUGUAGUGCUGUGUGUAGGUAGUGUUACACUGCAUGUGGGAGUGAGUAUUGUGGGUGUGUAAAUGUAUGAGCGUGCAGUUGUUUGAAUAUAGGAUGUGUAAAUGUGUGUAUGAGAUUCUGUAGCUAUAUGUGAAUAGGGGUGGGAAGCUGUAUGUAUGUGUCUGGAAGUAUGUGUGUGCGCACAUGAGUCCAGAUCUGUGGCUGCAAGGGAGAAGAUGGCUUGGCCAGUAGUCCCUGCGUAAAUUGACUUUUAAGACCCCUGGCAUGGUCCAAAGGAUGGAGGCAGGAGGUAAAAGGCGAGGGAAACUAUUGGCGGUUUACAAAUAGAGUUCUGUAUCACCAAAUGCAACCCUAUUCAGAGGUGUUCGGGUUACAGGAAUUAAACAAAAUAAAUUUCUAAACAUAACUGAUCAGUGAUUUAUAUUAAACUGGUAACUCCCAUGACUUUUGAUAUUAUUUCCUUAUCCUCUAUAUUUUAAAAAAUGUUUGUUUGUGAGGUGUAAAAAAUAAAAUUAAAUGUAGAAAUCCCUGAGCCAAAAACUAUGUUUCUGAUUAUCCUUCUCCAAAGCAACAUAUGCCUUAUCUGUGCCAGGACUGAACUUUAUGUGACUUUAAUGGUAUAGUUUCAUAACUUAUUGUGUCCCUUAAGAAUGUAUUGUAAACUGGAGUGUUUUUUACAGUGCAAUAUCCCGAUGCUCUACAGUGUUUAAAUGUUCCUGUUUUGUCUGACGAAAGCUGCAAAGCUUCUUACCGCGAUCAGAUUACAUCGAACAUGUUCUGUGCUGGCUUCCUGGAAGGAGGGAAAGACUCAUGUCAGGCAAGUAUAUUUUUUUUAAAAUACACUUUUAAAUUAUUAUUAUUUUUUUUUAAUAAAACAAGGGAAAGGAAGAUAACAAUUAAAUAGUAAGCCAUUUUAUUAUGAUACAGAUUAUUAUUAUUAUUUUAUUAUGUAUAUAGCGCCAUCAAAUUCCGUAGCGCUGUACAAUGGGUGGACUAACAGACAUGUAAUUUUAACCAGACAACUGGACGUACAGGAACAGAGAGCUUGAGGGCUUACAUUCUAGAGGGAGUGGGGUAUAGUGACACAAAGGGUAAAAGUAGGGGUAUGAAGUAGGUUGUUAGAAAAGUAUUCAUUGAGGGCUUAGUAGGUAAUUUUUGACAGAUCAUGGGUAUAAUUGUUUGACCAUACUCCUGCUAUGGUUACACCAUAAAUAUAAAUUCUUAGUGCAUGCCACCCAAAAAAGGGUACUCCUUAAAAGGAUUCUAUAGUGCCAAGAAAACAAAGCCGUUUUCCUGGCACUAUGGGUUCCAACAGUGGCCUGCUCCCUCACGCACCCCCUCCUGUGGCACUGAAGAAGUUAACACCCCUUUCGUAACUCCAGCGAUGUCCCUCGGCACUGGAUCAGGCUCCACCCACACUGACGUUGGCAGGGGAGACCUAAUGCGCAUACGCGGCAGUGGCCACGCUCGAAUUAGGAUUUCCCCAUAGGAAAGCAUUAAUCAGUGCUUUCCUGUGGGGAUUCCGGUGAUACUGAUCAGCUAGUUUUAGUUGCGAAAAAUAUAAAUCAACUCUGUUUGUGCGGUAAGGACUGAAGGUAAGUGCAUGAUUAAAUCUGCUGUUUUCAUUCACAUUUACUAAUGGCUUGAAAUGCUGCUGAAAGGCUGAGGAACUAAUCAUUUCAACAUUUUGGGAAAAAUUAAAAACAUUUAAAAAAAAUUGUGUGUGUAGAGAGCUCAGAUAUGCUUAGUCUGCUCUAACCACAUUUCUGACGUAAGCCAUUAACAUGGAAGGAGUGAUCAGAUGCUGCAUGUCCUAAAAGACCACCCUGCACAUAAAGACUUUGUAGGCUAACAUGUGAUACUGGGAUCACUUUUUUUGUAAAAUUACUUGAAAACUGUUUGACAAAAAAAAGCUGUUCUGUAACAUACUUACAAAACAGCUAGCUACUGCCAUACAAUCUGGUGGUUAUGGUGCUUGAAAGGCUCAUUCUACUGUUUCACAUAUAAACUUUCUUAGUACUUACUGCACUGCUCGCUCUCUAGCCACAAUGCCAUGGAAUGCAUUUAUAUACCAACCGAGUGUCCCUAUUUAGGAGGGACAGUCCCUCUUUUGAGCCCAAAUCCCUCAGUCCCUCCUUUCUAUCCUAAUGUCCCUAUUUUCUAGGAGCUCCAUAGUGUUGCUGUCUGAGUGUAUAACAGAGCCACACAGCAAUAUUACUCCCAGCAAUGUGUUUUUAAACUACAAUAAAUGUGUUUAGAAAUCAGUCUGUGCAAAUAAGAUACAUUGAUCUUAUUACAUUUUAGCUACAUAAAUUGUUAUUAGUAAGUCCCCUAACUUUCUCAGUGGCCACACCCCCACUCACACCUCUAAAAUUAUAGUGUCCCUCUUUGUCCAUUUGAAAUGUUGGGAGGAAUGCAUAUAUAAUUAGGGCAACAUUUGGCCAGUCUGCAUGUACAAAUAGCACAGUCCAGUGAAAUAUAUCUAAUGUCCAAAUACAGGACUCUCAUGCAGGCUCCAGUACCCUAAAUAUUAAAAUAUCACAUACUAUAAUCACAGGAAAAGGGAAGACAAUAUAACAAUACCUGUACAUUGCUAUUACACUUACCACAUAUAACAUAAAAUAUAUAUAACAUAUAACAUAAAUAAUAACAUAAUAAUAAAUAAUAACAUAAUAAUAAUAAUAAUAAUAAUAAUAAUAAUAAUAAUAACAUAAUACCACAUAAGGAUAGUUAAUAUAACACACAGAUCUAUCUUGGAAAAGACAUAGAAAAAUACUUGUCAAAGCUUAUAAAUACUCACCCUUCGGCAGGCACUCCAGUUGUUGUGGACUACAUCCCCCAUAAUGCUCUUACACCCAUAAUGCUGGUAAAGCAUCAUGGGAGGUGUAGUCCAAAACAUCUGGAGUGCCGAAGGUUGCCUAUCCUUGCACUAGGAUAUGUGUCCUAGCACAUUCCUAAAAUCCUGAGCUGUUACCAUAAAGAGUCCACUGCCGGAAUCAAAAUCUUCAAAUUUGAAACUGACUUUACGCUCUUCCUGUUUUAAACAGAUGUAUAGUGAGCUGAAUUGCUUGGAAAUAGCACAUACUCCGAGUGUCCAGAAAACAAAGAUAGCUAUUUUGAAAAGUGGUCUUUAAAGUCAUAUGUUACAAAUUCAUUUGAUAUUUUAGUAAGUCCUGUGCUGCUAUUAGAUAACAGAGAUCAGAGGAUAUAUAUUUUUUUUUAUUACAGGUUUGUGAGCAAAUGUUUAUCAAACAUACUCUAGUGUCUUUUUGUAUAAUGCGAAAACUGUGGAUUUUUUUGUUUAGAAAACAAGAGUCCCAUUUUAUUUUUUAAUUUUUUUUAACAUAUUUUUACAUUUGAGGGUAUGAGAGAUAAAAGUAUCACUAAAACUCACUAUGUGGUUUCAAAAAACAACAAAACAAACAUGAAAUAAUCCGCUGUGUUGUAGCCUUGAAUUGGUGUAUUGGUGUAUUUUGGUCUCGUCUGUAACUCGGCUCUUCUAUUGAUGUAUGAAGCCCAUAUUUCUGUCAGUGUCUCCAAUUACAUGUCUUGUACAAAUGAUUUAAAUGACACUUUUGGCUUCUGGCAAAAUCCUUAUUCUCUGAAAACAUUCUUGACAUUUAUUGCUUGUUUUUGCUAUUUACAAGGAUUACGCUCGGACUUGUUGGAAAUUGGAAAUGCCUAACCUUAUACACUUAUUUUUUCGGCCUUUGACACAUUAUUCUACAUACGUGUAUGCUGACAAGACAUCGAAACUAGUUAAAUACUAUAUUUCUAUAGACUGAGUAUUUACGAUUUAAAUAGUGCUUCCUUUCUUUCGUAUUUUCAAUAAAUGUAAUUGUUAAGGUACAUAGAACUCUUAGCAUACAAGACAAGGCCCUAAACAAGAAGGAUACGAAAGUAAGACAGGAUUAGCAAAAUAUAUACCAAGUGCUUAGACUAAUUGGGCUUAAAAGGAAUUGUCACUUCAUAUAUUUUAGCACAACAUAAUAUAUAACUAAAAGUUAGCUAUUGGUUGAGCUAUCUCUGUAAUUUUUGAUGACAAGCUCACUCCCUCUCAAAGUGAAUGUGUUGGUUCAAUGCUCUUCCAGGGCAGACCAUGCGUGGAGCCCUGCUGAAGAGCUCUAGCAUGAGAAAAAGGCCCUGUAGUUGUUCUGCACAGGGCAAGCAAAUUUAAUAAAAUGCUUGCGCUGUGUUUUCUUGCAAUUUGUCUCUGGUGUCUCUAUAAAUGGGAUACCACUAGACAAAAGGGCCAGAAAAGAGUAUUGUUCAUGUGUUUGGAGCCUGCUUGUGGGAUUGCGCGGGUGUAGAGUGAGCUGAUUGUGGUGUGGUAUUGUGUAAUAAGGUCGGUUUUAGACGUGUUGUGUUUGUGGUGUAAUGUAAUGCAUGUGUGACUAAGGGCUGUAGAGAGUGUGUGUGUAGGGGAUGCAGUAUGUGUGUGAGGGAUGCAGUGUUUGUGUGAGGGGUGCUGUAGUGUAUGUAUAUAUAUAUAUAUAUAUAUGUGUGUGUAUAUAUAUAUAUAUAUAUAUAUUUAUAUGUGUGUGUGUGUUUGGAAGUAUUGUGUGUGUGUGUGUGUGAGUGGUGCAAUGUGUUGGAGGUUCUGUGUGUAUGUGUGAGGGGUGCAGUGUGUAUGAGUGAAGAGUGAAGGGUGCAGUGCAUGUGUGAAGGGUGUAGUGGGUGUGUGUGAGGAGUGUAGUGUGUAUGUGAGGGGUGCAGUGUGUGUAUGUGAGGGGUGCAGUGUGUGUGUGUGUAUGUGUGUGUGAGGGGUAAAAUGUGUGUGUGUGAGGGAGCUGUGUGUGUGAGGGAGCUGUGUGUGUGUGUGUGUGAGAGAGGGAGCUGUGUGUGUGAGAGUGCUGUGUGUGUGUGAGGGCAAUGUGUGUGUGAGAGUGUUGUGUGUGAGGGUGAUGUGUGUGAGGGUAAUGUGUGUGUGAGACUAUUGUGUAUGAGGGUGAUAUGUGUGAGAGUGCUGUGUGUGAGGGUAAUGUGUGUGUGAGAGUGUUGUGUGAGGGUGAUGUGUGUGAGAGUGAUGUGUGUGAGGGUAAUGUGUGUGAGAGUGCUGUGUGUGUGUGAGAGAGGGCUGUGUGUGAGGGUGAUGUGUGUGAGGGUGCUGUGUGUGAGAGUGCUGUGUGUGAGGGUGAUAUGUGUGAGGGUGAUGUGUGUUAGAGUGUUGUGUGUGAGAGUGAUGUGUGUGAGUCAUUGUAUCCCCCCUCCCCUCUUACCUUUAGCCUGCUGCCAUCCCUGGUGGUCCUAGUGGUGAGUGAACUCUAGCCUGUGGGAGGAACCUGGUGGAACUUCAGUUCCGCCGGGUCCUCUCUCCCUCCCUCCACAGCUGCAAGUCUGUGCAAGUGGGUCGAUGAGGGAGAUCUUAGCGCCGUCUUGGACUACUGCAGGGCCGGAGCUAAGAUAGCGCGGACUGUAUGGACCGGCCAGGGAGGUCCUGUGAUCUCCCUUGUCGGCCUCAGCCCAUGGCCAUCGCGGCCCACUGGGCAUUUGCCCAGCCUGCGCGUAUGACACAACUAGAGAAAAUGGUGAUCGCUAAUGCACGUGUAGAUGCCAAGGCACCAUGGGACACAACUUGGAAGCACAGCGGGGGCAAGAUUUUUUACUUACCUCCAUUGCAUUAAUUACUUUGGUAAAUACCAUGAAGGACAUGGAACUAUCACUUCUCUGGUGAUAGAUCCUCUUUAAUGGACCGCUUAAGUCACCCAGACCAUUUCAUCUCAAUGUUGUGGUCUUGGUGCUGUGUUCCUGUGUGUUAACAUUCAAUCUCAUAGGAAAAUAUUGCAUUCAAUGCUUUUCUAUGUGAAGCAUUAAAUGUGUAAAGCAUUGGAUUGGACCCCUGAAGGGGGAAUCGAUCUCUCUUUAGUGGAGAAGUGAGCAGCACCGAGGGAAUACUGGAGGAGGAAAACAGGUAAGUUAAAAGUAUUUUAAAAAUCUUUUUAUGGCUAAUGAGGGGUUACCCUAAAUCUAACAAGGGCCCAGGGCACUAUCACAUUUCUUUUUCUAAUACUAUAGUGUUCCUUUAAUGUUGUUUAGACAGAGUAAAUCAACUAGUCAUGGUCAGAGCACCAGACGACAAUAAUUGAUAAUUAGUCAGAUCUUGGACAAUGAAUUUAAAAACAAAAUUUUUUUACCACUACAUUUUAUUUUUUUAAAAACUUUUAUGAACUUUGUAUUUUGUGUUUCUCUGCAGGGUGACUCUGGAGGGCCACUGGUUUGCAAUGGAGAGCUAUAUGGAGUAGUGUCUUGGGGAAAAGGCUGUGCCCAGAGAGCUUACCCCGGAGUGUACACCAAGGUGUGCAACUACUUAGAAUGGAUACAGCAUGUCAUUGACAGUUAUUGAAGACGCUUAUUGUGAAGCAGAUCAUUCCUUUGCAUAUACGUUUCGCACAAUAUUUAAUUUUUUCUAACAACACAGAUUCUAAUAAAACUAAUGAGGCAUUCACAUGUUUA